GAGGACCUCCAGAGUGUUUCCAUGGGAACAGUAGAUUACCCAACCCCCAGCUGCUCAGUGAUGUCAUCAGGUGACCUGGCCAAUGGGGUGGGCCCCGGCUCCAUGGCUCCACCCACAGCGAGGCUCCCUCCGAGACUGGUUGCGAAGGAGGCGUGGCCUCAAGGCCCCGAAGCAGGCAGGGAUCAGCCCCAUCCUCAGGACCAGAGCUGGGACUCCAGGGAAAGAGGCCCCAACGCCUGGGCCCCGGGUCGAGACCGACCCCACGAGCAGGUGUGGAACUCCGGCAGAGAGCGAGCGGGACACUUGUGUCCAGAUCAGACAUGGAUGUCAGGCAGGGACAGAGCUCAUGGGGGACAGGAGCAGGCCUGGAUGACGGGUCAGGACAGGGGACCUGAGCAGGGCUGGGCAGCCGGCAGAGACCGAGGCCAGGAUCAGGCCUGGAACGCCGGCAGGGAUCCAGGAAGAGAGCAGGCCUCCUCGGGGCCGGAGCCGGCGUGGGGAUCGGGCCGAAACCAAGACCAAGUCUGGAACAACACGAGCAGAGACAGAGGACACGUCUGGAGACCAGAGCUGAACAUGAAGAAGGUGCAGAGAGCAGAGAUGGAGCAGCCACCAGAGAGCAGAGACGCCUGUGAGUUCACAGUCUCAUAG